CGGCACUGCCAACCUCGACAUCUUCAAGCUUGGCACAGCCCAUCUGACGACAUUGUUCAAGAUCCAGCUUUCCUAUCUGGACUGUGAGAUACUCUUGAGAAUUUCUUGAGUUGCGAAGAAUAGCGUGUUGUGAGAAGGCAUUGGGUGUGGAAUUUUGAGAUAUGCCCACGUUCUUUGUGUGGAUUUCAUUUGCUGAGAUGUUCUAAAUUCUCUCUCGCCUAUCAAAGCCUCAUCUCAUCCACCAAAGCUCACAAGACCACUACAAAAAAGAGACAUCAUGAGAUUAUCAAGAGGCAGAGCUGCCUUACGGCAACUGAGUCUGGUCUCAUCCCCAAAUAGACACCAAAUAUACCGACCAUUCCAACAAUCCCUCACCCUUACCGGUGCAAGAUUAAAACCUUUUCGCAACUAUGCCACCUCAGUCUCAGCAGCCGAUCUAGAAUUCGGCCAACCCGUCUAUGAGACACACCCUCACAUUCUCAAACCAGGCGAAAUAACCCAAGGCAUCACCGCCCGCGAAUACGCCUCCCGCCGCUCUCGCCUAGCCCUCUCCCUCCCUCCCGACGGCGUGGCUCUCCUCGCCGCCGCCGACCUCAAAUACCGCUCCGGCGCCGUCUUCUACCCCUACCGUCAAGACUCCAACUUCCUCUACCUCACCGGCUUCCUCGAGCCCGAAUCCCUCGCCGUAAUCCGCAAAACUGGCCCCGGCCCUGACGACUAUCUGUUUUCCCUCUUCUGCCGCCCCAAAGACCCCCGCGCAGAACAAUGGUCCGGCCCCUGGUCCGGCCUCUCGGCAGCAGAAGACGUCUUCAACGCAGACAACAGCUACGACAUCUCCCGCGCCUCCACCACCCUCCCCUCCCUCCUCCGCGGCGCCUCCAAAAUCUUCACCGACAUCCCCCCCUCGCUCACCACCCCUUCCAACAUCGGGCCCCUCCUCAAAUCCCUCUCCCUGCCCACCUCCCCCUUACAAACCCUAGUCAACACCCUCCGCGCGAUAAAAUCCCCCGCCGAAGUCGCUGCCAUGCGCCACGCCGGCCAGGUCUCGGGCAGGGUGAUCACCUCGGCCAUGCGCCGCCCCUGGACCCUAGAAAAAGACAUCCACGCCUACCUCGACUACGGCUUCACGCAGCACGGCCUCAGCGGGCCAGCCUAUGUCCCUGUUGUUGCUGGCGCAAGCAGAGGUUGCAUGAUCCACUAUGUGCAUAACACGUCCGACCUGCCCGCCAACUCCACCGUGCUGGUCGAUGCGGGGGGUGAGUACGGGUACUACGUCACUGACAUCACGCGGACCUGGCCGGUGUCUGGAAAAUUCUCCCCUGCUCAAAAAGACCUCUACAAUGCUGUGCUUACCGUUCAGAGGCAGUGCGUGGCGCUGUGCAGGGAGAACGCGGGGGUUAGUCUGGAUGAGAUCCACCGCGCGGCGGAGAAUGGGUUGAGGGAGCAGCUGGCGUUGUUGGGGUUUGAGGGCUUGACAGCGGGGACGAAGAGGUGGACGGUGCAGGGAGGGGAGGAUCUGAUGGAUGUGCUGUUUCCUCAUCAUGUCGGGCAUUAUGUCGGGUUGGAUGUUCAUGAUGUUCCCGGGUAUGGACGGUCGGUGGCGUUGAAGAAGGGACACUGCGUGACGGUGGAGCCCGGGGUAUAUGUACCGGAUGAUGAGAGGUUUCCCAAGCAUUUUAGGGGGUUGGCGGUCAGGAUUGAGGAUAGUGUUGCGGUGGAUGAGGAGGGGCCGCAUGUGCUUACGACCGAAGCGGUUAAGGAGGUCGAGGAUAUUGAAGCGCUGAGGUAGGGUGGUGUAGUUGUUGUACGAUAGGUGAUGAGGGUAUGUAAAAGGGGGUAAAUAAAAGCAAGGUGACACAUACAUUAAGCUGUAGAAACAAAGAGGCCAUGUUUGAUAUUAA